AUGCAGGAACACCGUGGCCGCCGACAUCGACGCUAUAAUGACGGCGAUUACUACGAUGACUCAGACUACGAGCAGCGUCCCCGCCGGCGGUCCGUAGCGCGGCAAGCCCUUGACAAGCUCGAAGAUGCGUUGGGCGGCCUCGGCCUCGACAGCGGCACAAGCCACCACUCCCCCUCAACAUCCUCCAGGAGGCAUUAUGAUUCCCGCGAUCACUCCCGCGACCGCACCGCGGGGCGCUAUUAUCCGCCCUCUUCCCACUCCAACACCCACCGCCGAUACCACAGCUCCUCGCCCACCCGGCGCUCUCGCCGUUCCCGCCGCGACAGUCCUCCCCAACACCGCGCCUCUUCACGAAGCCGCAACCGGUGGGAACGUGGCAUCGAAGCGGCCGUCGAGGCGGGCGCGGCCGAGGCGUUUCGACUGCGCAAGGAGCCGGGUCCGUGGAAGGGUCCCAAGGGGGAGAGGGUCGCUACGGCGGCCAUAAGUGCCGCGAUGCUGGGAGCUGCGACCGAGAAGAGGAAGCAGGAUCACAGCGGCGGGAAGCUGGGCACGUUGGGCUCGGCGGUGGGAGGGUUGGUGGUCAAUAGGCUUGUCAAUGGGCCGCGAAAGGAAGUGAGGGGGUGA